AUGGACCAGGUGGUGACAUUCGUGAAUCCCGGCAGGCAAUGCGUCAAGGAUUCCAUCCGGCUCGUGAAACGCUGCACAAAGCCCGACCGCAAAUAUUUUAAGAAGAUCGCAAUAGCGACGGCAAUUGGCUUUGCCAUGAAGGGCUUCAUCGGCUUCUUCGUGAAACUCAUUCGUAUUCCCAUCAACGACAUCAUUGUUGGGAGUUAA